UCAAACACAAAAAUUGGCUCCAUAUAACCGGCUGUCUGGAGGUUAGAAAUUUUGAAAACAAGGCUGGGUUAGACGUCAAACUCAGGAGGAAAUUCUGUUUUAAAUCGGACGUGAACACUCUCUCACAAUGGAUUUCAACAGUUUGUUGCAACAAGCACAGAAAUUAACGAACGAGACUCAACACCUGGAGGAGCUUCCACAUGUUGAGCGGACGCUGCCGCAAGUGUUACAAGCGACCCAGGAACUUCAUUCGCGCGUAACUCAAACUGGGGCGCAAGAUAUCCAAGCUCAUAUAUUGUUGGGUUCAAAAGGUAUCGACUUGCCUAAAAUCUCGCAAAAGUUAGAGACACUCAGCACGCGACGAACGUUCGAGCCCUUAGAUCCGAUUACGGACACAGAUAUUCAAAGCUUCUUAAAAAAUGAAAAGGAGAACGCCAUCCUGUCAGUUAUUGAAGAGGUUCAUAAAAAUUCAUACGAGUCAGCACAAAAGCAGAAAUGGGAACACAUAUUUGCCGACUGGAGGCAAGAGAAGAUCAAGUUGCUUAAUGCUCUAGUUGGACCGUCUCAGAACUGGAUUGAUAUCCGCAAAAUGCCCGAGCAAACAAUAUUAAAUGAGACGACACUGGGAGGGAAGUCAUGCCUUAAUCGAAUGGAAAUGGCAUAUGCCACUGAAGUUUACGAAUAUAACAAAUUAGUUAUUGAAGGUGCCCUCAGACCUAGUCUUGUCCAACGUUUUUCUAAAGUUGCCGAAACAUUCAAUGAUCCUAAAGUAUCCGAAAUGUGGGAAAUGAUGAAAUAUAUGGUCAACAUUCCUCCAAUGUCUAAAAAUCGCGACCCAAUUCAAACUCGAUGCCAGAUGACUGAAUUCGUUGACCAAGCCAAGAAAUAUUUAGAAAAUAGGUACAAAGUGUACAUGUCCACUGUUAUUUCGGAACAUUUGCGUGAAGCUCAAAGAGGUGGCAUUCCAAGCACUUUUAAUUUAGUUUCAUCUUUCGUGGGAUUGAAGUUUAGUCAAAGCGGCUGUUUAGGUCUUCAGGAUGGAAACAUCGAGGGAAAACCAUUGUGGCCAAUGGUCUACUAUUGCCUCCGUUGUGGUGAUAUUCAAUCUGCCCUUCGUUGUGUUGAAAUGGCUGGAUCAGGACAUGAAGAUUUUGCACAAGUUCUAGAGGAUAAACUAAAGAAACCAUCACAAAAAAUCAAUGCAAAGCUUGAAGUUCAACUAAAAAUGCAAUACAAACGGCAAAUAAAGAAUGCAACGGAUCCAUAUAAAAAGGCUGUUUAUUGCAUCAUUGCUUGUUGCGACAAUAACGAACAGCAUCCAGAAGUUGCUAAGACGUCAGAUGAUUUUCUGUGGAUACAACUCUCGUUGAUUCGUACGGAACGUACCGAUGGAUCGGAGAUUUUGACAUAUUCGGAUCUACAAACAAUGAUCCUAGAACAGUACGGCGAAAAACACUUCAACGCUUCAGAACAACCUCAUCUCUAUUUCCAAGUCCUGGUUUUGACUGGACAGUUUGAAGCUGCUAUUGAAUUUUUGUCUCGAUUUGAGCGUUACCGCACUCAUGCUGUUCACAUUGCUCUAGCGUUGAACGAAAUGUUUUUGAUAGGCGGACCGAGAAAUGUCCAAGAGCCCUUGUUAUCUUUCGACAUUGAAGAUCCUGUUCCGAUGCGAAGGUUGAAUAUUGCACGUUUGGUAAUGCUUUACGUUAAAAAGUUUGAAAUCACUGACCCAGCGGAAGCACUUCAGUAUUUCUAUUUUCUAAGAAAUAUGCGUGAUCCUGAAGGUAGAAAUUUAUUCUUGGUAUGUGUAACCGAUUUAGCAAUGGAAUGUCGUGACUAUGAUCUACUCUUUGGUAAACUUCAGCCCAAUGGGAUUCGAUCCAGAGGAUUAUUUGAUCAGUUUGAAGGAGUAGAUAUCGACACUAAGAUUGCGGCAACGAUGGUUGCAAGUGAACAAGUGAAAAGAGGAAUGUUUGAGGAUGCGAUUACACUGUACAAUCUGGCAGGAGAACAUGGUCAAUCCUUGAGAUACAUGUCAAUACUUUUAUCGCAAGUAGUGCACCAACCAUCAAAGAAAGGAUCCUUGCGUGAACGCCUUCAAAUCAUGUCUUAUGAAUUUUUGGAACGGAAUAAAGGCGAAGAACUGAAUUGUGACUCACAAGUUCUAUCAACUUUCACUCUAUUACGAACACUGCUCGAAUUUUUCGAUUACUACCACGAGAAAAAAUAUCAACUCGCACUGGACGCAUUAGAAAAGACCAAACUCGUCCCAUUGAAUAUGUAUGACCUGGAAACCUGCAUAAAUAAUUUCAAGAGACUCGGAGGUGAAAUUUGCAAAGUAUAUCCAGAUGUAUUGUUAGCUACGAUGGAUAUUCUUUAUAGUCAGUACCGAAGUAUCAAAGGUAAAGACGGGCUCUCAUUUUCGGAUGACGGGAAAGAAACGCAACUCGGUUACCUACGUGAAAAAGCAAAGGCGUUAACCAACAUGGCAGCAGCCGUUCCAUAUCGAAUGCCAGGGGAUACAAACAGUCGACUUGUACAAAUGGAAAUUCUCAUGCAUUGACCACAAUUUCUAAUGUUGAAAACCUUGAAUUCCUUUCUUAUUUAUGAAUAAAAGAGUCUGAAAGAA